UAUUGAAUUAUAAUUAACUAAUGAUGUGAACACUUUUCCAAGAUGUUUCAACAAUCACAAUUAAACCGUUAAUUAUUACGAUUUGAGUGAUGAUUGUUUAAUCUAAUCUUAUAACCAGAUUAAUUGUGUUAUCCAUUUGCCACUAAUUAGCCUAAUUUGAUAUUUACUGAUCAAGAUAAUUGCCAAACUAAUGUUUUCAUUGCCAAUAUGUAUUAUUAAUAAUCGAGUUGAAUAGUUAAUUGUUGUUGACUGUUUGCCUUUCGUGAACCUUUUUGAUUGUAAAUUGCGGGUGUUUUAGUGAAUUAGUGUUUUUCUCAUGUUAAUUACUAACAAUUAGUUGAUCAUGUCUUCAGAUAUUGUCUCAUUCACCAAAGAUUUCAUUGUAGGCGGUGUAUCAGCAACCAUUGCAAAAACAAUCAUCGCACCAAUUGAACGGAUUAAGUUAAUCUUACAAGUUCAACAUGGAUCUGAACAGAUAACCAAAAGUCAACGAUACAAAGGUAUUAUCGAUGCGGCCACUAGAAUACCUGCCGAACAAGGAUUUCUCAGUCUAUGGCGAGGAAACUUGACCAAUAUCUUUCGAUAUUUUCCAACUCAGGCCUUUAAUUUCGCGUUCAAGGAUAAGUACAAAACGAUAUUUCUUCAUGAUAUUGACAAGGACAAACAACUAUGGAGAUUUUUCUUGGGUAAUUUAGCCGCUGGUGGAGCUGCUGGUGCGACUUCAGCGCUGAUAGUUCACCCGCUUGACUAUGCCCGAACUCGCUUAUCGGUGGACAUUGGUCGAACCGAGUCAGAGCGUUUAUAUAAAGGUCUCUACGAUGUAAUGUCACAAACCGUCAAGUCCGAUGGACUUUCUGGUCUCUACAGAGGUUUAAACGCAUCUCUAACAGGAACAAUGAUUUAUCGAUCAGCUUAUUUUGGCCUCUAUGAUACCGGUAAAAGUAUCAUCAGUGAAACGGGCAAGCCUUCAAUCAUUGUAACCUGGAUGGUGGCCCAAGCGGCAGAAACUUUUUCCGGUAUAAUGACCUACCCACUCGAUACGGUCAAACGACGGAUGAUGAUGCAAAAUGGCCUCGAAGGCUCUCGAAACAUGUACAAAAACACAGUCCACUGUUGGACGCAAAUGUACAAACUCGAAGGAGCAAAGGCCUUUUAUCGAGGUGCUCUCACCAAUAUGAUCAGGGGCACGGGGGCAGCGCUUGUCCUGGUCCUUUAUGAUGAGAUUCAAGUGAUCGUAGUCAAAUAAAAUUCAUCGGCUUUUGUUUUAAUUGUUCACAAUCAA